GCUUCUGCCGUGUCUUUCGCAGAAAUGGCUACUAUCAGCGAUUGUUAUAUCCAAUGCUCUAAGUCUUUCAGCCAUCUGAUCCAGAGCCUUGGUACAUCGGCUCGUGAUACCAAUGACGGAAUACCUCUCAAAGGUAUCGCGAAUGAACACUCACGUUUCGAUGUAUGGGCCGGAAGUGUCGGGGCAAAGCAUACCCCCAACAAGCGAAUCUCACUUGACUAUCGCCUCAGAGAUUCUAGCUUUUAUGCUGCCCGAGUUGUAGAUAUACUGCAGCGCCUUGAUAGUACUCUCAACACUGCUUCCGAUCUCAUAAUUGGCAAACGGCCAAUAGCCGAAGCAGCUCAGCUCAAGUUUGGCCAACAACGAGACAAUGACUCAGACCAAUCGUCCAUAACUUCGUCAGCCGAAAGCUCUAGUUCUGACGAAGCGGAUAUGCUGACUCCUGAGCGUCAAAUUGCUGCAUUAUACCAGUCGAUCACAAACUCAGUCAGGCAUCUGUACUCGCUUGCAAUGGUCAUCAGACAGCCAGUAGCAAUAGACAGAUUAUCUAGAGCGUCCAAGAUCACAGUCGAUCAUUUCAUUUCGUUUGAUCAAAGCCAUGUCGACGAAUGCUUUCCUGAAGCUUCCCCAGUGCUGAAGAAACGGCUUGCUAAGGCUAUUACUCGUCGCCGCCAGCUGCUCAUAUAUAAUGAGAAACACUACCGGAAAUCCUCAGAGCCUCAACCGUUAAAUGAGACAACAGCCGCAGGUCAUAUCGCUCAGGAUGAGCCCGGGGAAAAAGCUGAACAGGAAAUGCCACCCCCUCCGGUUGCCUCACACUCAAUAAGGAAUCUGGUCAGAGACACCCCAAGCUAUGCCCCUACCAUCUCCAAAAGAAGCCUACUGGCGAGUACCGAAGCGACCAAAUUCAUUCCUCCAGUCGAUAUGAGAGAGGAACCAGAUAUUCAGUCAGAAUCCGGAACUAUUACGACGUUUGGAUUCACUGGUAAGGAUGGUGUAGGGAUCCGAGUACCUCCUCGCCCGCAGGAUGACAAUGGAGAAGCGCUCGAACAGUUCCUAUGUCCCCUCUGCUAUCAUCUAAUUGAAGUGAAAGGCGAGAGAGCAUGGACGAGACACGUAUUCCGCGAUCUUCAAGCAUAUGUAUGCACUUUCGAUAACUGCGAAACACCUGAUAUCUUAUUCGAAACCCGCCGAGAUUGGCUGAGACACGAGCUCGAGAACCACCGAAGGGAAUGGCACUGUAACGACCCGAAACACAAACCACACAACAGUGAGACCGAGUUCAUUGAACAUAUGAAAGCCCUCCAUGAGCUACAACUUCAAGGUCCCCAGCUCCUGUCUCUUGCCAAGUUGUGUGAGCGAUCUAGCUCGCUUGAUGUGGUACCUUGCCCUUUGUGCCGAGAUGGGUGCCAUGAUGUUGUAAAUGGAUUCGAGCGCUAUAAGCCAUCGUGGGUCCUUCGACAAGUUGCUGAUUAUAGUUGUCCAGAAUCGCUCGAGAAUGAGAAGUCAGAUAUGGCUAAGCUUCCCGAAAGAGACUUCAACAAGAUCACAGAUAGCAUUCUCGCAAAGGUGACUCCCUGGAUAACAUCGCUUCCUAACGACUUUGCGACGGAUGGCAAUCCGACCACAGAUUCCACAGAACAGCCGCACGAAACUCAUCCUACCAUCGGGCAAAGAGGGCCUUGUUUCAUACUUUCCACUGACUUGAAGCACCACAUCGGUCAGCACUUGGAGCGACUAGCCUUGUUUGCACUCAAUAGAUCCAAGUCGAUGCCCGAUGAUGGAAUUUCAGUUCAAACGGAGGAUGCAGUGGCGAGAUCUGAGACAAGCUUCGAGUCAUUGAAGUCUACCAGCAGUAUGGAAGGUUAUGGACAUCGGUAUCAUGGAAAAGAUGCAGCAGAUGUCGCAUCAAACAUGAAUCUCACACUUGUUGACUUGGCAACAUACGAGGCUCAGUACGACUACCAAAUGUUGAACCAUGUCCAUGUGAAACUUGAAGAUACUCGACGCCUCAUUGAAGAGACUCUCAUCAAGAGCGUCUUCAGAGAGCCAUGGUCUGCAGACUACUAUGUGGCCAACGAGCUUUGUUUCUUUUCACCAGAGGGCAGCCUAGAAGGUAUUAUCACGAUGGGGUCAGUGCUUUCGGCCAUUUGCAACCCAGGAGAAACAUCAAACGGUAUCGACUCCGUGACUUUCAGACACGCAGUCAUUUACACUAUAGCGAAUGGCAAGAAACUAUUCUCCAUUUUAGUUCUGAGUGGCCUGGAAGGGGAGGGACUAUGGCAUGCCAUGGACUUUUUCAACAAAAACGGCAUCCGCGAUAAAAGCUUGCCACUUGAGGAAUCGAAUUUCAGGAACUUUUCAAAGUAUAUGUAUGAACUUUACAGCCAAGACGAUACUGAACCGACGGACAUUGAUGACCUUCGGAGAAAGGAGAUAAGAAGCCUAGGGAGUUCGGACCUUAUCUACGACUUUUGUAACGAGCAUCAGUGGAAGUUUUGUUCCCCUGUCUUUUCUGGUGAAGAAACCCCUGAAGUAAGGCACGAAAAUAAAAAGUGUAUUCUCCCCUUCACAGAGAGGUGCACCAAGAUGGACGAAGAAUCCAAUGGAAAGGCAAUAAAAUACAAGAUUCACCGGCGCCAUCUUGUGUCAAAUGACAUGACUCAGAACCAAGUUUACAUCACUGUGACACGUCUAUCCUUCGAGCCAACGUGGCAAGAUGAACUGGAAAAACUGAAAAGGAUUCGGGCACUAAAUCAAAGGCACAUCGUCAAACUCAUUACUGCGUUCCGUCAAGGGGAAAGAGACAUUUAUUUCAUUUCCGAAGCAUCUGAUGGCGGGAACUUGAGAGACUUCUGGAAGACAUUCCCAAGAGUCUUGACUGCUAAUUUGGUAAAGUCCGUCAUUGAGCAGCUUUAUGGGUUAGUGUAUGCUUCUUUCGAAGUAGGCCUGACGACUGCAACCAUCGAGGGUGCGCUUGCUAGCAACGUUGGCCUGUGUCCAGAAAACAUACUCUACUUCAAAGAUGAUAGUCGGGAAGGCCAUAACAUCGGCACAUUGAAGCCAUGUCACCAGUCAGUUGCUACCGAAAUUGUACCAGCAAGCUCAGCGGAAGCACAACUGUAUGCGCCACCCGAACAGGGGCUGCUAUCAGAAGGGCUUAUGUGGAAUCUUUUCUUCCGCGUAGAUGAUAUGUGGGCCAUGGGAUGUAUCACUCUGGAGUUCAUGGUCUGGCUUUUGUACGGCCCUCCAGGUCUGAGCGAAUUCCACAAUGAUUUGGAGUCAGGACAUUCUGGCCCAGACUCUAACAGGCGCUUUUGGGAGUACAAACAUACCAAAGUCCAUAAUGCCGUACGACGUUGGAUAGAUCACAUGGCCAAGGAUCCUGUUUGCAGAGAAGGAAAGACUGCCUUGGGUGACCUCCUGGAGCUCAUUAGGGAUAGACUACUAGUAUUUGACGUCAUUGCUAGUAGGCAAGAGACACCAAAGCCAGAUGAUGGGAACGACAGCAGUUCAGGAGACCCCCAAGUCGAGGCAGUCGCUGAGCUAUGGGACAAGAAUCAGGGGCUUAUCACCAGACUUUACCAAGAUGAGGGUAGAAGACUACAGGAAGUACGUGAUAUCAUGCGGACGUAUUACAACUUUGAUGCAUCAGCCUGCUCCUAUCGCCAACAUCUGAACGAAUGGGGAAUCAGUAAGGAUAUCAUGAGCGGAACGGGUAGUGGGACAGGGAGCUCAGCAUCAAUCCAGCAACCUCGAGCUCAUGCGAAGGAAGUAUCGGAAUGUCUGCAUCGCAUUUUGACUAGAGCCAAAAGUGAGAGUUACUGGCUCCCAAGUGCCCCUCUGCCGCCACCUGCUACAGCCUCUGUUUAUCGCUAAUGACGCGGUGGUUCUGCGGAGGAUAUUAUAAAAACCGAUACAUAACGAGAUAUAAGAAAUUGAAUCCGAUUUAUAUUUACUAUGCCA